AAGGGCCCACAGAUGCGACAGCUUUGCUGAACCCUGGACUUAAACUGGUGACCUUCUGAUUGUAGCCUCAGAGGCUUAACCCACUGAGUCACACACUGCCCCCAAACAUUGGGGGGAGCGUGAAUGCAGUCCCCCACUACCAGAAAUUAUGCAGUCAAGAUUCCCACAUUUGUGCAAUGGCUGAGCCUAACUUUGAGUGAGCCACCUUCUUGAUCAAUGUAUCUCCCUGCAAGCGUGACAUGAGGGCACUCCUCAGUAAAGAUCAGUAUCGUUAGAUAAUUCCUGAUUAAGACUGAUGUAUAUAUUUCACUGAAACAAUUAAGAGCCUCACAAAUUAACAUGAGACUUUUCCAACUGAAUGUUAUUAAACUGUCAGGCAGGCUAGCCUACGCAGGAAUGCGGAUCUUUCAUACCCAAACUGCAAGUACUGGGGGCAUAUUUACAUCUGCAUUUGUUUUCUCUACGAUAACAAAGAGAUAAUGGCGUUAUCUGUACCCUGGCCAUCGCCAUUCCUCCGGCACACACCCAGCUUGGCAGCGAAGAACACUGGUUCCUUUUGUCCGGACUAGUUUCCCUCAAAUGAGCUCCAAAAACAUCCGGUAGAAACCAGCGUGAUGACCCAUGCCUUUUAAACUGGGGUCACCCAUCACAACGGGCAUUGAAUGUGUCAUGCCUUCCCUUCGAAGUCAUGGUAACUUUAAUAGUUUUUAAAGUAUGUGCAGUUUUCUGUUCAUGUCUAGUAUCUUAUUAAACAUUUUCAAUAUGUUACGUAGACUACAGUUUACACAAGCGGCCUUUUUCACUGGAAAUGCAGUGAGUCCUGUGGGUUUUUGAGUGGAUGCCAGUCUGAGUCACACAGUUAACUCUUGAUGAGGGAUUUGGGACAGGAGACAGGAUGAUUGUGCAAGGCAGAGUACUGGGCCUGGUCCGUAGGGGGCAAAAGUAGUUCAGAAUGCUGGUACCUCUUUCUCCAAACAGCCUCUCUCGGUUCUGCAAUACCCAAAUGUGGAUGCUGGACUGUGUGGUUGGGACUGGGUCAGGGGGAAGUCGAGAGUCAUGGCAGGUCUUUGUGACAACACUUCCUGUUACUGAGGUCUGAUUAUGUCCAGCCAGAAAAGCAUGCAUCCUGCAGACUGACCGCAUUCGCUCUGCACUCUACUUUUACCCUCCUUCAGAAAGUUUGUCAUUUGACCACACAGUAAAUCGCCCGGCCUGUGAUUUAUUCUGUUUUGUAGUACCGUACAUUUCUCCUUGCUGAGAGAGGCACGUAAGACGGCUCGGUUUUAAGGUGGACGUUACCAGACUGACAUUUUUAAAUACUUUGUCUGUCUACAGUGGUACUACACUACAAAAGUAUGAUCUCCUCUAAAGCUGGGUUACAGUGUCCACAGAUAUUUCUGCAAGGGCUAACAGAGGGUGAAUUUAAAAUCCUCCCAAAACCCUCUCAUAAAAGCAAUCCUGAACGGUUUGUUUUUUUAUAAAGGCGAGGCAAAGUGACCCAGGGCAAAAUGUCCUGCUCUGCACGCAUAUUUCCCUUUAUUUUUCCACGGAAAGGUCAGGUAUAGAAGCAAAGUUCUGUGUAAUCCAACUCAAGCACACAGGUGUGCUCUGUGCUUAUGCUACUCCGCUGAGCUGAGGUCAAGUGCGUCGCCUCCUUUUCUCCCAUGCAAACACACGCCCACACAAAGAUUAACACACUGUGUGUUACAUCUCAUUACAAGGCGAUUCUGUCACUGUGAAUUUAUUGUAAGUAAAACAUCUUGUUAGAACUGGGACAUCGGAGCCACGAUUACUCAUGUAUUAGCAGUUUCAGCCGUCAUAAGCAGACCUAUCUUAGCUUCUUAUCACACUCCCUGUUGCUUAACUGAAAUUACUGCUGAGACCUUUUUGCAGUCGCCUUAAAAGUGAUUGCAGUGCAUUCAGUUCUUCAUGCCUUUUAAGGUUUUAUUGAAUUUACAGACUGACAGAAUGAUUGCAUCUGGUUAUUUCUGUUCAUAAUGAAUACUAACAUUCACGUCAAACAAGUUAAAAAAAUAAUGCAUAAUAAUAAUUUGGUUAAGUGUUCAACCCCAGUAACAGGUGUGACAUAUUUCCUUCCAGAUGUAGCAAGAAGCUUAUUAGCAUCAGUCUUCUGUUUAACAGUAAUUACCGUCAUUAGUCCAGAAUAAAGCCGUCCAGCCCAAAUUGCCCCAAGACGAAGAUAUUUGGAAUAGUUUUUGGAAAGUUUUCACAAAGGUGUGGAUCAGGAGAUGGCUGUGGCCAACAUUUUCAAAGGCUUUAAAUGCUUCCAGUGGUCGUUCUGAUGAAACUGCAGACCUUUUAGCCAAAGAAUGACCAGUUCGUUCAUGUUAUAACAAUAUAACCUCUAGGCAAAUCUGAUUUCUCUGUGGAAGGAUGCAGAGAAGAAAGCCUUGGCUCCCUGAAGUCCACACUGCGGGAUGUUUAAGGUAUGUAAAAUGACACUGGGAAUUUGGGGCCAUGUGGAAAAAAGGUUUCGUGGUCUCAAACCAACACUCAAUAAAGAAAUGUGAUGCCUGAACACAGUGAAUCUCCCAAAGGACACCCUCCGUACCGCAAAGAAUCGUGAUGGUACCAUCCUUUCAUAAGGAAGCUUCUUUUCAUCUGUCAGAAAUGUUUCUGAGCCUGAACAUAAGGAAUGUGCAAAUAUUCCCACGUAUAGCUGCACUGUCUGGGAUGAUAGCAAUAAUUCAAGCAGUGGUUUGGGGAUUUUAAUUAGAUUUUAUCUUUUGUAACUUGCAGACAGAGGUGGAUUCUAAUCUCCUUAGCUUCAAAUGAGUUUCUGGCUUUUUUAGGGUGUGAACACGGUGUUAAAUCAAAGCAUGUUAAAGUAAUUAGCCACUGCUUCCCACACCUCACCUAGCUUAUUGCAGGAAGUAGAAUCGUAGCCAGGUAUUAAAAUUAGGAGUUUGAACCCCCCUUGUGAAAAUUAUUUGUGGCUACCGGCCGGCAGUAAGUGUUAUUUACGCUGUUUGGAACGUCUUUCAAAUUUAAUUUGCUGAAUGGGUGUUACACAAACAAAGGCUUGCUUUUACAGGAAGAUUUUAACAAAGGCAGUUCCUCUCCAAAGAUUCCAGCAGUAUCUGGCAGCAGUAGGUUUUAAGUUCAGUUCAUAUCAGUAAACAACCCUAAGGUUUGACGAGACAAACUAAUUAAUGUUCUGAGUUGCGACAUACUGAGUUGCGUAUUGCGCAUAUUUUUCUAUGUACGUUUAUAUACAUUAAUUUAUACUUAGUAGUUUUAUUUCCCAUGUUGUUAGUGGGACCCUUUCUUUUGAGGGACUUCCGGUUUUUUUUUGUUUGUUACCAGAACGUUGUUAAGCUAAGCUAAGCGGAGAACGUGGCUUUAUGAUGUUUUGUAAAUGGCUUAAGCACCCACCCUGGUAAAGGCAUAAGCUCUUACGUUAGUUACGUUAUUUUAAAUAAAUCGUGAACCAUCAGUCAAGUCUUUCGGCCAUCAAUCCGGAGGGGAAUGCUACAGUAACAGCUUUACUUUCGCCCGCCACAUCGCGCUGCUGACGAAUUUCACGCUGUAACUGCUUAAGGACAGCAGUGAGUUGCGGAAGGCGCGAUGGCCAAAGAAUUCGGUAAGGAAUAGAAUCGUAUUAAUAUGGCAAAUAUUGAAGAACAAAUACAAAAUAUAGAGAAUGAAAUGCAGGAAUGUAAAAGCUUAUCAUUCGAAAAGGAAAUAGAAGGUACCGCAAGACUGGAAUUAAUAGAAAGAAUUAAAAGUAAAAAGAAAAUAAUGGCUGAACUUACUUGUAAAAUAAGGGAAGUUGAAGAAUUGCCUUGGCGUUCUGAACGUCCAAAGGUUAUUGCGGAGAAAUGCAUGCUUACCAAAGGGAGGAAUUGUGUAAAAAAUAAAAACAGUUGCUUAGCUUAUACGAACAUUGGAAAUUCUGAUACGUAAAUCAAGGGAAGAAUUAAAAGAAAACAUAUGAGAAACUAAUCUGGCCAAUAUAGCAUAUAUCCUUGAAAGGGAAAAGAAUGAUCUUAUGAAAGUUUAUAAUAAGGGAACAUAUCACACCGACUAAUGAAUUAAGAUGCAAGAUUGAUGCAUGUGAAGCCGUAACUAAUGACAUAAUUAAAAUUGUGUACGAAAGGUUUCUGCAGUAGAUGGAGAUUUUGAUGUCGAUCUUGAAGGUCGUCGUCUGCAUCAACUGUUAGUGCCCGACUAUGCUCAUUCAAGUUAUGGCGCUGCCUCCCAGUCAGUCGCCAGUCACCACUCAGAGUACUCUAGUAUAUCUGUAAAAAGGGCAGAAGCAGCUGCAGAGCUUGCAGCAAUGGAGGCGGAGUAUAAAAUAGCCCAAGCAGAAAGAAAGCAACAAGAAAAGAUAAGAAUACUAGACGAGCAACAUAGAAAAGAAUUAAAAGGCCAGAGAUCUGAAUUAUAAAAUCUGCAGGCUGAAAGGCAUAUAGAGGUUGCUUGUGCCAGAGUACAAGCCUAUGAUAGAGAAAUUAAACAUGAAAUGGAUGGCCAGACCUUUAAAUUUGACUGCAACAGACAAAGAACCUAUGACAGACAUCAACCUUCGCAUGAUGUCACAACACCAACACCACAACACAACACUGAUGUGUCUUACCUGGCUCAAGCUAUUCAGAACAGCAUAGCCAUUAACAGGCUCCCAAUGCCAGAGCCUGCUGUGUUUAAUGGGGAUCCAAUUCAUUUUAUUGAAUGGAAGGCAUCCUUUAUGUCACUCAUUCAGAGAACAGGUAUCUCUUCAGCAGAUAAGCUGUAUUACCUUAAGAAAUAUAUUCGUGGUCCUGCUCAUAAAUGUCUUGAGGGCACUUUCUACCGAACUGAUAAUGAGGCAUACAAGGAUGCUUGGAAUAAGCUUAAUCAGCGAUAUGGUCAGCCAUUCAUCUUCCAAAGAGCAUUUUGGGAGAAGCUCUCAAAAUGGCCACAAAUACGGACCAAAGAUGCCGAAGGGCUACGAACAUUUUCUGAUUUUUUAAAUGCCUGUCUGCAAGCUAUGCCUCAUGCAAAGGGCCUAGACAUACCGAGUGACUUUAAGGAAAAUCAAAAAUUAAUUCAGAAGCUACCUGACUGGGUAGCAUUGUGCUGUAAUCGUCGGGUUAUGGUAGCCCUCAUGGAAGGUGGCAAAUUCCCAUCAUUCCAAGACUUUGCCAAAUUCAUAUCAAUUGAGGCAGUAAUUGCAUGCAAUCCUGUCACCUGCCUACAUGCACUUCACUCAGUGGAUUCACACCAGGAAAAAAUAAUCAUAAGGGAACCUAAAACAAACAAGGCUAAUGUUCUCAGCACUCAAGCCACUGUUGGCAGGGAUAAAGAGACAUCAACUAACGACAGAGUAUGGGCUCCAUGCAUCUUAUGCCAGUGUAACAAACAUCAACUCCACAGAUGUCCUGAUCUUAUGAAAAUGUCUCUUGAGAAGCGAAGGACAUAUGUAAAGGACAAUAAGCUGAGCUAUGCUUGUUUAAAACCAGGUCACUGUGCAAAGGAAUGCUGUCGUCGCCAUAGCUGUGAGGUAUGCAGGAGAGGGCACCCCACUAGUCUUCAUGAUUACAGCUAUGAGAAGAAUGGAAGUAGAGACCAACCUGUGCCUGAUAUAACCACAGCUACAAGCAAUGUAAGGAAACUACAGCUGCUAUGUCACUUAAUGCCACCAGUCAAGAACAGUCACAUAGCACCUCCAUGAUUGUACCUCUGUCAAAAAUCCAGCAAAGGAACAACUUGUAUAUUCUUUAUUAGACACGCAAAGUGACGGCACUUUCAUUGACAAAGAGGUGAGCAAUGAAUUACAAAUGGACACUUACCCAGUGCAGCUGAAACUCACCACCAUGUUGGGAGUGAAUAUGGUGAUGAAGAGUGAGAGAGUAUCAGGACUCCGUGUAAGGGGUUACAAUUCAUCGGUGCACAUUGAUCUCCCUCCUGCAUAUACCAAAGACUGCAUACCUCUAAAUCAUGAUCACAUUCCAACACACGAAACUGCUAAACGCUGGAGUCACCUUGCUGCAAUAAGUGACAAGAUACCACCCCUCCUCAGCUGUGAUGUUGGACUCUUAAUUGGGUACAACUGUUCAAGAACGCUGGCGCGUAGACAGGUGAUACUAGGUAGAGACAAUGAACCAUAUGCUGUGCUAACAGAGGAUGGAGUAUUGUUGGCUGCUCAACACCUUACCUUGAUACAACCGCAGAAUUCGCCUUAUGUCACCGAGCUGCGGUAAAGGAGCUCUCUCUAAUAACACCAUUUAACACUGUAUACAGGGGCCACGGAACAAGUGAAUCUUGCUGACUGCUUGUCCAAGUUCUCAUCAUGGUUGCAGGCUACUAAGGCCAUUUCAUGCCUUUUACGACGAGUUAAAGGAAAAAUAAAUGGACCCGCUAAUGUAAGUGCAUUGGAAAGUGCAGGACGUGUUAUCAUCAAAGACCUCCAAAACCAGGUAUACAAACAAGAAAUAAAGUUACUAAAAAGGGAAGUCAAUUGCCUGACCAUCACAAGUUGCACCACCUAGAUGUCUUUUUAGAUGCAGAUGGCAUAAUCAGGGUGGGAGCAAGGAUCAGUCGAUCAUCCUUCUCCAACUUAGACACCCAGUGAUCUUAGCAAAAAAACCAUCAUCUGACUAAGCUGAUAAUUAGUCAUUAUCAUGAAAGAGUAAAACAUCAAGGCAAGAGCUUUACCAUCAAUGAAAUCAGAUCCAAUGCCUAUUGGAUUCCUGGAAUAAGCAGAGCAGUUGCAUCUUUCAUCUGACAAUGUGUCACUUUCUGUAGAGUCAGAAGACCUCCAGAAGGUCAUAGGAUGAGUGACCUUCCAAAGGAAGGUGUAGAGCCCUCCCCACCUUUCUCAUAGUGUGGCACGGACUGUUUGGUCCCUUUACCACUAAAGAGGGAAGGAAGCAGCAUAAAAGAUAUGGUUUGCUUUUCACUUGCUUCUGCUCACGAGCCGGUAUUGAAAUGUUAGAGGAUAUGUCCACUGAUGCCUUUAUAAAUGGUCUGAAAUGUUUCAUUGCAAUUCGUGGUGCUGAUCGGCAAAUCCAAUGUGAUCAAGGAACCAACUUUGUGGGUGCAAAGAACGAAUUGAACAAAGCUUUACAAGAACUUAACACUCCCAGACUCAUCACCUUUCUAUCCGAAAAACAUUGUGAUUUUUUUUUUUUCAACGCACCUCACUCCUGUCACGCUGGAGGUGUGCGAGCGCCAGAUAAAGACCAUAAGGAGCGUGUUGAACUCCACAUUAUCAUUGGCCUCUUGCAGACUCAACGAUACUUCUCUGCGAAUGUUGUUUUAUGAAGUCAUGGCUAUAGUCAACAGUCGCCCACUUACUGUGGACGACCUGUACAACCAUGAUAGUAUGGAACCACUCACACCCAAUCAUCUACUUACAGUGAAAUCCAACAUGGCUCUACCUCCACCAGGGAAGUUUGUCAGGGAGAACCUUUAUGGACAAAGGAGAUUUCGCAGAGUACAGUAUCUGGUGGAACAAUUUUGGAGUCAUUGGAAAGGGGAUUUUCUCCACAACAUUAUUGUAAGACAUUGUUGGCACACGCCAAAGAGAAAUUUACAAGUGAGAGAUAUAGUGAUGCUUGUGGAUGACUUGUUACCCAGAUGUGAAUGGAAACUUGGACGGAUUUUAGAAACUGUCACUGAUAAAGAUAGACUGGUAAGAAAGGGUAAAAUAUAUAUAGGAGAUAAGAGGCUUAACAAGAAAGGGGAACGCCUUGGUAAGGUGUCAGUGCUAGAACGUCCAGUGCAGAAGUUAGUCUUAUUAGAAGCUACUUAAGUACAUAUCACUGAUGUUAAUGGUUUAUUUUCCAAAUGAUACAGAUGUGAAAAUUAUUUGUGUUUGUGGGUAUUGCUUGGAACACAUGUAAUUUUGGUGGGAGUGUAAAUAACCCCAAGGUUUGACGAGACAAACUAAUUAAUGUUAUAAAACAUUCAUUUGCGUAUUGCGCAUAUUUUUUUAACAUUAUUUUUGUACGUUUAUAUACAUUCAUUUAUACUUAAGUAGUUUUAUUUCCCAUGUUGUUAGUGGGACCCUUUAUUUUGAGGGACGUCCGGUUUUUAUUCGUUACCAGAACAGUGUUAAGCUAAGCUAAGGGGAGAACGUGGCUUUAUGAUAUUCUGUAAAUGGCUUAAGCACCCCCCCCACCCCGGUAAAGGCACAAGCUCUUAUGUUGGUUAAGUUUUUUUUUGGUAAUUUAUUUUAAAUAAAUCGUGAACCAUCAGUCAAGUCUUUUGGCCAUCAAUCCAGAGGGAAUGCUACAAUAUCAUUCACAUAAAAAUAAAGCAGGGUUUAUUUGUUUAAAGGGGGGGUCAGUAAUGCCACCCCCUGGCUUCACGAUCACGGGCUUGGACUUUAGCUAUGUGCACAUGAUAUUUCCUCUGGGUCUCCUUCCACAGUCUAAGGAGAGCAGCACAGGAGUGGCGGUAGCUCUGAACUACCCGCAGUGGCCCAUAGAACGCGGUGUAUGAGCGGCACUGCUGGUCGGCUGCAGGGUCUCCAGGCUGAUGCACUUUUGUACAACUGUUAAUCUCUUUUAAUGUCCAGAACACAACUGUGCGGAAUUCUCCAAAGAAAAAUAAAUGUGAUGCAUUUACAAAUGCCCUUCCUACCAAAAAAAAACACAAUGGAGUUUUUUUUAAACUAAGCUUCAUCCAUUACGAGGAGUACCAUAUAUUUAAUGCAGCAAUGAGGGAGGCAGAACAGAACGGUUGACCUGUUGAAGCACUAGGCGAGACUAAAAAGGAAAUGGGACAAAAUGUGCUGCGAAAGUGAAGAAACCAUAGGAAAGAAUGACUGCAGAUGGGAGAGCUGUUAAAUGCUGAAGAACACCUCAGAAGAGGAGGAGCGCCCUGCAUGAAAAUCACUUCUGCGACCUGGCGCCACCUGCUGUCCUAGUGAAUGUACUGCACGAAAAUACCAUCGCCAGCUCGGUUCCGAAAAAGCGCUGAAGUUGUAACAUGACUCAUACAAUGCAGGAUUGCAACAUACGCAAGAACGAGCACAGACGUCUUCAUAGUGUCAAUUUGUUUCUUUAUUUCUUUGUAUAACUGUACCUCUAUACAUGGUUUUGUUUUUCCAAGCAAUCAGAUAAGUUACAUGAUCAAAAUGCAAACAAAAAAAAAUAAUCGGUCAGAUUAAUUUAUGUGGGGGCCCAAGGUUGAUAGCUGCAUGAACACCCAUGUGUUACCAAUUUAACUAACAGUUCCAUUUUUUUCUGAGGCAGGGAAGGGCUCUGAUGUUUGCCAGGGCCCUAAGAUAUAACCUGCGAUAGUCUAUGUCUUAAUCUGCCCCCCAUGCAGCAACACUAAUGAAAAAUUGAACGAGUCACUGGUAACAAAAAUAUGACUAACUGUGGAUACGUUACCAGUGACUGGAAGGAACACUGUUUCCGCCUUCAGAGAACUUUGUAAAGGAGUGUAGUAAUCGGUAUCUGGGGUGAAGCAGGUAAUUAAAAAUUGAAAGAGACUUUUAAUGCGGUACGCAGAGGCAUUUGGAAUUUAAAGGACAGGAGCUGCAUGUCGAAUAUGCAAGCCCAGCGUAAUGGAUGUGGUAACUUUCAGGCAGUCUGAGGACAUACAGGAAGUCAUUUACUGAGAUACCUCAGUUAGCUCUCAGCCAGGGUUUGUGAAUGAGGUGCCAUAAACUAACUGCUGUGCGCUUCUGGUGGAUCCAUUUGAUCUAGCAAACUGCAGGCCCCUCUCACUCCAUCCUUCUUUAUGGGCAGUUUUGCAGAGCUGUGUUUCCCUGGACUGUUUUUGGUCCCAUGAUUAGCAUAACAUGCUUGGCACAUGACACAGAAAUGGCGUCUCUCAGCACUUUCUAUGAACCUUCCCGCCCCCAGGCUUCUAGACCAGGUGCCAUUGAGCGCAUUGCUCACCAUUUAUACUGGGACAGAAUAGAAGAAACUCCUUUGCUGAACUCUGAUGAGGCAGAAAUGCUGUUACUGCCUGUUUAGUCAUUCAGACAUACAUUCUCAGCACGAACUGUGGCUGGUCGAUGCCGACAUCUCAACAAAAGACCUUGGUGCUACAACUGAAGAGGAAACCUCCAUCAGAAACCUUCUAAAAAUGAUGAAAUGUAUUAAUUACCUUGAAGAUCUUAUUGCAAUGCUCUGUUAUCUGCCCGUGAAACACUUCCCUGAAUGUCUUCUGCCAGAAAUCUUACCAGCACUAAAAUGUAUGAAUUUUA